AUGGCAAAGAUUCAGGUCUUGGUGCGCGGGGUUAAACCGCAGCAUUACAACCCUUGGUUCAAAGGCGCGAUGAUGUGGAACCAUCUCAAAGACGAGACGUACUACAACGCCGCACGCUUCGACCCAGUCUUUGCCAUGGCGCAUAAGCUCCAUGUACCGCUGUAUCAGCAACCUGCUGGUCCGACCGCAGAUAUCGCAUCCAAGUUGUUCGCGGGCAACUACCCAGUCGCCGAGGCGGGAAAGCUUGGGGUGACCUCGUGA